AUGGGCAGAAAACUCCCCUGGAAGACGUCCCCGACGGCUUCAAGUCCUGAGAAGAAACCAAAUAUAAAACCAGAGAGUCCACGGCCAACACUAUCUCGAUCGCCAAACCCUGGCACACCAUCCGCAUCGUCUAAGAAACCGCGUCGUGAGCGCGUUAUCGAGGCGCAAGAUGGCGCACGCAGUCCGUCUACAUCGCCACCGCCAGAGCCGCCGCCAGAGAGAUUCAUGAGACCAGGUCUUGACCAUGAUGACCGCUAUCGUAUGGUCGAAGACGAAUUUCUGAACAUGGCGCAUCAAUUCACAACCCAUCUCCAUCGCGCAGAGUACAACCGUUUGAAGAAUCUGGCCAAGAACCAGAACGCAGACGCCAUCCGUGAGAUUGAGCGACCCAUCGUCGGCGCACCAACCCUCCUCGCGCGACAGCGCCACGGCGCAGCGCAGCGCAUCAUCAAGCAGCGCAAGCUCCUCGGCAGCGAUGCCAAUGAGAAGGACACGCCUUAUGCAGGGUCGAGUCUGCAGGGUCUCAUGGAGAGUCCGAGGAAGGAGCACAAGUGGAUUUCAGCCGGUCUGGCCGAUGCGGCAAAGACGAGAGCUUCAGCUGGAUUUGAUUCGCAGAAGAUCAGUCCCCUGCGGAUGAAGCAGAUAUCAAAACCAUCAUCGGCGAAGAAGAGACAUAUUUCUCUCGCGGAAGAUGAUGAGACCGAUGAAGGGGACGAUAUGGAUCUUGCUACGCCCUCACGCACCCAUACUGCGAAAGCAGCUCGCACAUUACACACAUCGAGCCCGGUCAUGCCACGCUCUGCACCGCGACCAACGUUUAGCACUCCCCGUGCACUGAAAACAAGUCUAAACAAUGCCCCACGAUCGGGUUCCAGCGUCAAACGACCAACUGCAGCACCUGGAGGAUCCGAAGCACGCAAUACAGCCAAACGCCGUGAUGCUCGUGAGGACAUUGAUGAUGACGACCCCUUUGGAAUCACCAAGCGAAGAAUCCAACGUCAGAAGUCAAGGGAACAGGUUCGCAAGCCGGAAGAGAAGACACCUACCAAGUCCUCUCUUGAUGACAUUCCCUCAUUUAUAUGA